AUGAAACAGACUGUCGUCACUCGGGGUUGUUUUUGUUUUGUAUCCACUUUUCUAUCUAUCUAUCUAUCUAUCUAUCUAUCUAUCUAUCUAUCUAAGCUCUUUUCAAUAUUUUUAGAUUUGAAAUUUAUGAACCAUCGUGUGAUAAUUGAUUUCUCUCUCUCUCUCUCUCUCUCUCUCUCUCUAUCUAUCUAUUUAUCUAUCUAUCACAUCAUCUGUUGGAAUUUUUUUUCUUUUUGUUCCCGGAUUACUAUCUAUCUAUCUAUCUAUCUAUCUAUCUAUCUAUCUAUUAAUACAUCCAGAAAAAUGUGCAUUUUUAUCUAUCUAGUAUUCUACCCUACAUCAGAGGGAUCCCCCAAAUAUCUAUCUAUCUAUCUAUCUAUCUAUCUAUCUAUCUAUCUAUCUAUCUAUCUAUCUAUCUAUCUAUUGAUUGCAAAAGGCGGUAACAUUAGCCUCAAUAGCUCACAAAAACAAACAGAAAAUGCACAACGCCACUAUCUAUCUAUUUAUCUAUCUAUCUAUCUAAAUAGCCUGGCGUCAUUGCGACAGCUUGUCGCCUAUAGCAUAACUCUUGUGGGUCAUGUGAGGAUCGAACUCACUAGUUUGACAACCAUCGUUCUAUCUAUCUAUUCUUAUCUAAUUUACUUAACUUACCAGGGAAGUAUAUCUAUUGCCGAUUGUUCAUAUUUUUCACUUCAUAUUGAUCAUGCUAUUUUUAAUUUUUUCACAUACUCUUUCCCGUUUCCCCUCUUUAACCUUUCCUCUGACCCUCUCUCUUUUCCUUCUUUUCCUCUCUUUCCUUCAUUUCCUUUCUCUUCAACUCUCCACAUUCAGCAGAUCCACAUUUUGAACCAAUUCCUUCUUCUAUAUCUAUCUAUCUAUCUAUCUAUCUAUCUAUCUAUCUAUCUAUCUAUCUAUCUAUCUAUCUGUUCAUAUAUUUCUCUCGUUCUCUCAUUCUUUCACUCUCUCUGCAUCUACCUAAUCUUCUCUCUCUGUGAACCCUUCUCAUCUCUCAACUUACUUCAUCUAGCUCCCUCCAUUCUUUCUACCUUUCCCCUUUCUUUCUCUAUUUCCUUUCUUUGUUCAGGCAGUAUAAACAGUAAAACAUUUAAGGUUUGGUCCAGACAUGCUUUUUGA